AGUGAAAGGGGCGGGCGGUUGCGUGCGGCGCGACGACACAGCAGGGGUCGGUUGCGGCGCCGCAGCGAGCGUUGUCAUAUUCGAGAGCGGACCUUUCCUAACGCAAAAGAGUACACCGAAGAUCAUCGCAAGAGGCCGAGCAACACCGGGCGAACGAGCCUUCGAAAGGGAAGCGAGAGAGAACACCUUCAUCUGUGAUGGUGGCAGUGGUGGUGACGGUGACGCCGGAGGCGGCGACGGCAGCGUUGUUGGACAUUUAGCGAUACCGAUUCAAGGAAGAUUUCACGUCGGUGCGGGGAAGCCGACUCAUUGGAAAGACCGCAGGAGGAGCGGCUUCGCUUCUGUUGAAAGGGCAAACGCAGCUGCGUCGGCGGCGGCGGCAGACAUGGAAGCACAGCGCGGUGGGAACCAGACGUCGCUCACUGGGUCACGCCGAUUCGUCGCGGGACGAGCGAGGCAGCGCGCCGUGCGCAAGGCGGUCGCGCUGCUCGCCUUCCUGGCCGCCUGCUGUGUACUGUCGCGCAUCAGAAGGCUCACGCCGGAGACCAAUGGUUACGCGACGGGCCGUCGUCUGCUCUCAACCGGAAGCGCAGCGGCGGAAGCAGACGACGCCCCGGGUCUACAGGAACCGGAAGUCACCCCUCCGGCCCGCAAGACACACAUACACCCGCUUUUCAAACGAGCCCCGCCGCACGCCGAGAACUCGGGAGAUAAUAAAACACUGACGACGAAGGAAGGUGAGCAACCGAAGCCCAAGCCGUCGGCCGGAGCCAAAGGAAAGCCGAAAGACAAGGACGAAGCCGAAACCGCGGGCAAAGGAAAGCAGACGAACUCCAAGCCCGGCGGUACGGAGGGAAUGCAGGUAGAAAGUGGAACGGCGGAAGAAGGCGGCGAAAAGGGACAAAAAAAGAAAGAAGAGGAAGAAGCCACGGGACAGAAGGAUAAGCAGGAGGGCGGGGGAGCAGACGACAAACUGCCGAAAGGCGAGACGGGACAAGACAAAUCGGAAGACAAGCCACCGGAAGAAUCGGGAAAGAAAGCCGGAGAGCAGGCGGGCAAAGAACAGAGCAAAAAGCCCGGGACCAAGCCAAAGGAAGGUAACGAGCCGAAGCCAACAAAGCCAGAAGACAACGAGGCGAUGGGAAAAGCAGAAGCAAAACCGAAGGGCGAACCGCCGCAGACGGGCCAAAAGUCAAAGACCGAGCCGGACCAAGGGUCGAAGCCGAAGUCGGGAAAAGAGGAAACGGGCGGCGCGAAGCCGGGACCAAGUAAUGAGGGCGACUCGUCGUCCGAAGGGGAAAAAGAACCGAAUUCAAAGUCUACGGGGGAACAACAGAAACCGAAAGAAGAAAAGCCGAGCCAGGGAAGAGAAAAACCUAAGGAAGGCGGCGAAGGGGGAAGAGAGGAACCCAAACCUGCUCAGGGUGAGGAGACUGGCCCCAGCAGGAACGCUUCCAAGAACGCUACAAAGGUGGCCGAGGAGGGGGAGAAGUUGAAGAACAAAAGCGAAGGAGAGGAGAUCGACUGCAUCCGACCAGCGUACCACGAGUUCCCCCCGGACCUGUUCUCCCACGAGGCCCGUGCCAGGGGCGGCGUGGUGGUGCACAUCCUGGUGGUCCUCUACAUGUUCUACGCGCUGGCCGUGGUCUGCGACGACUACUUCAUCGCCUCCCUCGAGGAAUGCUGCGCCCGACUGAACCUGUCGGAGGACGUGGCCGGAGCGACCUUCAUGGCAGCGGGCAGCUCGGCGCCCGAGCUAUUCACCGCCAUCUUAGGCGUCCUCAUCGCAAAGGGGGACGUGGGCACCGGCACCAUCGUCGGCUCGGCGGUGUUCAACGUGCUCUUCGUCAUCGGACUGUGCGGACUGUGCUCCGGAAAGGAAGUUCCGGUGACCUGGUGGCCCCUGUUCCGGGACUCCCUCUUCUACGCGUUCACCGUGGUCAUCCUCAUACUGGUGAUCUACGACGGCCAGGUCACGUGGUACGACUCCCUCUUCAUGCUGCUCCUGUACGGCGUCUACAUCGACAUCAUGAAGUACAACAAGAGGAUCCACCAAUGGGUGGCCACCACGUUUGGCAUCCACGAGGAAGAACAGACUUCGCUCGGCCUUACAUCCGCGAGCUACGACGCCAAGAACUACAGCUCCUACGUGCCAUUCAACAAUGAAAUCGACGAUUACGCCCAGCAAAACGCUUCCAGAAACACACGACCCCUGGACGAGAUGAUCAGAGACAGCCGGAGAAGGCCGACCUUAUACGAAGCAGCACUGCGAAUGCUCAUGACCCGAUACUUCCGCCCCAAAACUCGUUUCUGGGCAGCAGCGAAAAGGAUCACCAAUGAGCACAAGCGCCUUCGCCGUGGGGAGAUCCAGCACUUACCUUCCCAGACCUCCCUCGACCCCAACGACAUGGUCCGACGUGGCAAGAGCUCCAGUGUCGACGUUGCUCUGUCCACGGAGGCCGACUGGAAAAAAAUUCCCUCGCUGAAGGAUGGCCCCUGGGCACUGCUAAAGUGGGUGGUGCAGGCGCCCCUGCUGGCAACACUGCACUACACGGUGCCGGACUGCCGCACCGCGGCCGGCAAGCGUCUCUUCCUGCUCAGCUUCUUCAUGUCCAUCUUCUGGACUGCCGCCUUCUCCUACGUCAUGGUCUGGAUGGUGACCCUCAUUGGCUACACGAUGGGGAUUCCGGACACGAUAAUGGGCAUCACAUUCUUGGCGGCAGGCACCAGCAUACCCGACGCAUAUGCCAGCCUGCUGGUCUCCCGACAAGGUCAAGGAGACAUGGCCAUAGCAAACAGUAUUGGAAGCAACGUCUUCGACAUUCUAAUAGGUCUAGCACUGCCAUGGCUGAUUCAGACGGGGAUGGUGGAACCUGGGUCACUUGCUUACAUCAACAGUGGAGGCCUGGUGUGGUCAGUCGUCUUGCUAUUCCUUACCAUCAUCAUUACAAUCUACACCAUCCACCGGAGCCACUGGCUGCUCACCAAGAAGCUGGGUGUGUUCCUCCUGGUGGUGUACGUCAUCUUCCUCAUCAUCUGCAGCGCGGUUGAGUUCAACCUGCUCGGAUACGUGAACCCACCCAUGUGCAUCGAGUGAGCAGCCAGGAGACGCGGCCACUUUGCAGAGUCUCUGUAUGCGUCUAGUUGCCGGGCUAUUCUGGUCGGUCGACGUUGUUCGCAGGGAAUGAUUCCUGGUACAGCAUACACACACACAUACACUCCAAUGCUGGGUGAAUAAUGGGUGCCAUGGAGCAGAGCAAGGCAAUGAUGGGUGGGCAAUGAUGGACACUUCCGGGUAUUGAUGGGCAACGCGCUGGGUAAUGAUGGGUAACAAUGGAAUAUACUGGGCAAUGCGGUGUGAUAAGAGCUGGUGAUGGGCAAGGAUAGAAAUUGUGAGCAAUCCGCCUUUUAAAUUUUUCAGGGCUACCCUCUGCCAUUUUGGUAGUGUUUUGGUUAGGUGCCGGGACAACAGGUAUUGCCAGAACGAAAUCCUCCGAGAUGAAGAGACGUUUCGUGACUUUUCCACUAGGAGAAGGGUGCAUGCACCAUGGCAUUGUGAAAAAGGCGGAUUCCAGGCAAUGCUGGGCAUUGAGGGCAGAAGCACUUAAUAUCCAUGCUUCAUUUGUAUCAUCAGUGGGAGGCAUGUGUACAGGACGCACGGUUGAUACUUUCGUUAUGACAAAGCAACACCUACUGGAAACUGGGCAACCGACAGCAGGUGGACUUGUUCAACUUACAUUUAAGUACACAGAAAGGGAAAGUAGUGAUAUGGUUACAUAUAAGCCCAGAUAUUGAGGAAGUAUAACAUUAUAUAAAAAAUUAAUCUAUAUGUCACAUUUACUACGAAAGGUGGGCUUAAGUAACAAUACAAUGUUGCGCCAUUAACACUUAAAAGCCUAGAUAAAUCAGGCUGUAGUGCUUUGAAAACUUCAUAGAAUCUGGUCAUUCGGCGCUGUGAUUUUAGCUCUUUUGUCCAAGGAGCUAGCUGCCAGUCAGAACUUGGAACUGCACGGCAACCAGCAACACCUGAAAAAUUAAAAAAGGCCCCGCUGGCUGCACUGGGUAAUGGCAACAACAAGCAGGUGGAAACCCUUGUGAAAUAGAAUGUCGAUGAUAUUAAUUUAUCAAGGCUUUGUAAAGUAUUUGUAUCAUUCAAAACUGACACAAUCCAUAACAAGCAAUAAUUACAGCACCAAAAUGAAAGUGAUGUGUUCAUAUUUAACAGUAACUCUAAGGGUCAGCUGUACAACGUAGCCCAAAAGACAUGAUUACAUGAUUACAGAUGAGAUUAGAUAUAUACGAGGGCUACACUGUAAGAACUAGCGGAUGCCUGCAGUGCACCUUUGUUCUGAUCAUAGUGUUGACAGCAUGCUAACCACUCAAGAAGGAAAGCUUGCCUUAUCUGCAGUUCUUCACUGUGACGGGAAAUGCAUAGCACUCAAGCAUCACGUGACUCUUGUUAAUCUUCCAUUCAGCGUGAAAUACAAUGAAGGAAAGAUUCUUCAGUGGGCGGGAAAAUUAGCUCUGCAGUAGGUUUUCGCAAGCAUUGGCUGGAUUCACCCUUUGAAAAAAAAGAAAGGAGAGAGGUACUUGAUUAAGCAUACCCUGUCACAUUUGGCCGCACUGGACAACAUUUAGUCAUGCUGCCUAUAUAAUCUGUGAAGCUGUUAUGUUAACUCACUCCCGUGAACAUAGGACAGUGUUCUUAGAACUAGAAUUUACUCUCUUGCGAGCCUCAUCAAAGUCGUGUGCUUGACUGCCAGUGAUUCAGAUUGUUCUGUGGCUUUCAUACACGGUGCUUGCAUCACCUGCUGUGCAUUAGCCGGCUAGAGGAAAACAGAAGGUUGUGUCUUUGAGUUGUGGAUAGAAUUAGUCUUUUGAAAAUCACAAUUGCAGUGUGCAGCUACGGGAUGGGUAGUUUAAUUUGAAACACUGUGCCAUCGUUAGAUUGUAAAGACUGAUAUCAUGUGGCUUCAGGUGGUUGUAGCUUAUGUACUGCGUGACUGCAUCUUUUGGGCAAUGCUGGUUCAAGGUGAAAACUCGCACGCUCCCAAGAGUAAUGUACAGUAUAGUCAUGGCAUCACAUACACUCUAAAAAAGGGCGUAUUUAAGGAGUCUUUCUGUCACUCGACAAUAAUUGUGAUAUAGGGGAACGCCGGAAGAGGCAUUUGUUCUGCGGAGGACAGGCUGACGAUGACGAUGAUCUCACGUGCACUUCCUUGCAUUAUCACCGUGCACCAGUACAACUGGGUCACGCACGCGUGGCAUCAGCGUGACAUGGCAUUUUCGCAAGAAUAGUGGCAAACACCGAGUUUUCGAGAAAGGAAAUGCAAGCAAGCCACACGAUGAUUUCUGCUGUGUGUGGAAAAGACACCUAAAAUAUGCUUUCUCUUAGAGUGUAAGGUGCAUUCGAGAUGGCUACCAGUAAUUAAACAGCCGUUAUACAGAAAGCCCCGAAGUCAAGAUAAUUAAAGGACAAGGCAGAGACACAGAAGAAGGGAUAUAUUGUUCACAUUUCUUUUAGAUGACUGCUCUUUGCCAUAACUUCAUGUCGUAGCCAUAUAAGUAGGUGGUGUGACAGUGAUUAUGCUGGAGAUAGCCAUCGCUACAAGAUAGGCAUGUUUGUACACAACAAGCUCCUUCAUUGCAUCUAUUCUGCAAAAUCGUGCAGACAUUGACCAUCUAGCAUUCCGAAUUAUUUUGUAGCAAGGAUCGAAGUAACAUUUAGCACAAGGCGAGGACUGCAGUCUUGCACUGGCAAAGUUUGCCAAGUGCAAAGACAAGAAGGCACUCUCCCAAAGUGUGCCAUCUUACGUCCAAUGACCAAGAAGUGCAAAGUCUCCCAGUACUGCGACCAUAAGAACUCGUGUUGGUGAAACGACUGCGCUGCAAGCGGAGAUGUGGCCAUAAUUGUGGGAACAUUAAUUCAGUGCGUUGCUGUAAUGUACUCAAUUCAGAUAGCAGAGGAGGGAAACCUCAGUUUGUGAUGACUUCACACAAACGGUGUGCAACGUGCAGCAUCAAGUGAGCCAGAGGAGGUUUAUAUGGUGAACUGCAGCUCCGUCCGAUGCUCGUCGAAAUUCUGUGUUCGGCGCAAGAAGGCCUGUAGGUGUAGAUGUUAUUAGAGAGAGCUUAUAUUUGAAUGAUGCAACUAGCUACUGGUGUGUACCAGUUGCACAUGGCACUUUAAGUGUGUACACCAAAAGGAGUAGAGAAGAGCGAGAGAUGAAGAGGCUUGGCGAAUAGCGGAACUUUUGUCUGAUAACCUUCGGCGUUCUACGUGAUGAGCACACGAAUGUGAAAAGGACUCUCGUGGGACCGUUGCACACCUUGGUGAACUUAAAAGAGUGCCGAAAAGUAGUUAAGCACACGGCUCGCUUCUCAAUUUUUGAUCAAGUUAUUACCGGUGAUCGUUUAGAACGUUUGUUGGCCGAUACAGAGCAAAAGUACACAACGUGGCCCUGCAAAAAGCCAGUGAUACAAAGUGAUACAUUUGGGCCAUACAUUUAUUACACAUACCUCCAACUACAUGCAUUUGCGCAUAGUGUAUUGUUCUUACUUUAACAUUUGCACGAAAAUUUUAAAACUUGUUACCCACGUAUCAUGAUGGGGCAGGGUGUGCAAGUGAUAAAGGAAAAAUGGCCUUUCCCAAAAAGCUUUUUUCUAUUUUUGGACCUGCUGCAUUUAUUCGAGCUGUUGCUUCUGCUUGGGAAGCCUGUUUCGUAGUUUGUGCAAUGUCAUCGCGAAACCGAGGUUUCCAUCUCCCGAGCUGCAACAAUGUCUUUCACUCCUCUUCGGGAGCUAACCGAACCCACCACGCAUGCUUCCAGAAGGCACGCUUACUGUGUGUUUAAGCUGUUGAACCCCCUAUGUAUUGCCUUGUGUGAAGAAGAAGAAGAAGAUUGUGAACACCUAUUAUGCGAGUGUUAUGUACAUUAUAUAUACAUAGUGCUACUAUUCAUAUAUGCUUGUUGACUUCAGCCAAAUGUGUUUUUUGUUUUGGCCCAGUGAUGAAUAGAUUCUAAGGAUUCAUCCGCUGUUGCUGAGCGCUCUAGCGCUUUAUCUUUGUUUUGGCGACCUAACGGCUGGUGGACAGGAAACUGUGCGUGCAAGUGCGUGUAUGCUGAGCUAGAUGUUGUGUUGUUGUUGUACACGUGUCUUUCAACCCAGGAACCAGACAUGGUCCUUAAAUGUUGAUCCUCUCAGUGAAACACAGGGAAACGUCAAGAACAGCAUUGUAAUAUGCGUGUUUCGAAAGGCUUGUGAGGAUGGCAUCCUGUUCACUGUGAAAUAUCAUUGCAUUCCACACGUUGUGUUGAAAGUUGUCCUGCGAUUUUAUUUACACAUUCAACGCAUAAAAAAGCGACAGGUGAAUUUACAUGGAAGCGACACUCCUGUUUCAUUUUUGAAUUUACAUAUGACAGAAAAAUUCAGAGAAAUUGUGCACGAGACAUUUUACCUGUUGGUAAGUUUGCUGGUGGCUGAAAAAUGUUUGCACAAUCAGUAAGCUGUUCCAUGAUAAGUUGCACAGUGACGAAAAGACUGACUUUUAUUUGCUGGUUUAGAUGCUAGACAAAUUACUGCGUAGAGUUUAUGUAACGGUCACUCGUGCGAACCGUUUUAACCGAGGGCAAGUUCACCCACGUAAUGUGCCCCACGCAAAUUACUCUUGUUUGCCCUUUCUUAACCUAGAGGAACAUUGAUUACCUAGGGCAUCUGUGUUUGGUGCUUAAUAUAAUGACGUCUUGGUGCUGGCACAAUUUGAUCUCAAAGUGUGCUGGAAAAGGCAUCGUACAAUCGAACCAAAGUUGGCAAUUGUUCGAAAAAAUUUCUUAAUGACACACGCAUCAUCCAGGGAGGGCUCGGUGCCAUAUGGUGCUAAUCCGUACCACGUAACGAACUGAAUUCAAAAAGGCCCUCCUGAACUGGGCAACCAAUCAUACCGACAAUGGUGGAACUGCGCAAUCAGUUAUUUGUUGUAAAUCAGCCGACUGGCAAUCAUUGUCGCAAAACGUCAAAAAAGGCUUGCUGCAUCUGAACAAUCAAGGUAACAGUGUCAGCCUCAUUCCCUUACGUCGUCGCUUAAUUAAGCGACAGAAGAAAACUCGCCAUUCUCUUUAACGCAUGCUCCCCACCGAUCCUGUGUGCUGUCAACAAUCGUGACUGAAGAAAACAAUCUUCCGUAACCAUUGAACAAUCCUCCUCGUACGCCGCAGUCGUGGCUGUAUCAAAUCAACACCUCCACAAUCGUUUUUGAAGACUUACGUAUGUGUAAUAACGUACUCGGGCGCCCAAUCAAUUUGCAACGCCACGUUGCAACCGUCAUUGUAGAGACUAUCAGAGUGUGUCGUGAAGCAUGCAAAGCUCUGCAAGAAGCGCAUGCUUUACUGGUUUGUCUGGUCACAAAGCCCCCCCUCACGAAAAGCAAUAUGUAUACAUGUAUAAACCAUACAAAGCCUCCCAGUAUUGUGUGUUGUGCAGCUGCAAUGUGAGCUUUGAGAGUGUGAACGCAAGCAUCGGUCAUGUCUGUUUCGUGCCCUCGGCGCAUUUAUGGCCAGACGAUACGUGUUAUGCGUACGUGACCACGUGUCGGUGCGUGCUGUGUGCAGAACAAGUAUGGUGUGGUGGUAGCCUCUGAUUUUUUUUUCUUCAAGUACUAGAUAGAGUCCGUACGUCUAGCACUUGUUUCACUUUGUCGUGUGUCUCUGUGGUGGUGGUGGUGGAGUGAAUAUUGAAGAGUUCCUAUACCGGACGUGUUGUUGCUUUACAGAUGAUGUUGUUGUAAUAGUGUGUCUUUGGCAGAUGCUUUGUGCUUGAAUAUGUCGAUUGUUUGUGUGCCCUGUGAAUACUAUGAUGACAUUGCUGUUUAGACUCUGAGCUGUUGCAGUUUUCAUCAGGUAAACGUGAAAUUUAAUUCGCAAUUUAGGCGAUGUCAUUGCGUAGCUGCUAUGUGGCCACAUGUGCAUGCUGUUAAGAGAAAAACUAGCUCAACGGUUAACGAAGAGGAUGUGUGUGUUUAUUACCGGUAUUCUCGUAUAGGGUAUUACGUUUAACUUGCCAUAUGCGCACAUGACAGUAGCACAAACAUUGCAUAGCACUUAAGCGUACGUUCACCACUGCCCUGAGAUGCGUAAAAGUUUCAGAGUGAUGAAGUUGUGUCAUUGCAAGGACAACACUUAAUUCGCUGCUGCCCCGCUUGUCUGGUGCUUUAAGGUGACGAUUUGUGCAAUACUGACGCGCAGUCGAGAAGAACGUGUUUUGCUCUGUGACCGUGUCCGUGAUUAUGGGUGAUGGGUGACAGAUGGGGCUUUCAUUGUGUACUUUAGUCGCGUGACAUUUCGACAGAGAUUCUUAUAGCUGUUGUUAAAGAGCAACGCCAUCCACAGAAGAACAGCCUUGCCAUAAUGAGACGACAAACUUGGCUGCAAUAGGGGAACACAAAGCAGGCUCUUCUGCCGAUUUUAUCCCGUGGAAACGGAUGACGUGCGACACUUGCGCCAGUAUUUACACCACAUACCUUUCUUAUAAACUCGUUUUGUCCACUGAAACCAGAAGCAAGAAGUCUUGCUGACUUGCUUACAAGAAUUCUUGCUAACUUGUAAGCCUAUAGUAUUCUUCGCACUCAGAUUGGCAGGUGCUCUAGACCGUGCUGGAAAACGGCGUUCCUCUGGCUGGUCCCCGUAGUCGAUGGGCCGCUCAGCCAUCCAUAGAGGUCAUAUAGACGACUUUAUUUUAGAUUCACGGGUGCUGCCAUCUUGGGCUUUUACAGGAUCAAUUUCUCAGUUUUGUAUGUCAUGACAUGUAGGUCAGGAAACGCCGAAUGCACCCUACAGCUGUUUUCAAGCAUGUGAGUCUACUGUUGUGCCCAUCAGUUAUGGGUACAAAACAGUAAUGUUAACAGCCCAAGAGGGUGGCACUUACUGAUUGCAUCCGUAAAACAGUCCAUAUAUACCCUGACCAUUGCGAGGCGGCAUUGUUGGAGCCUCCGCUCUUGUAACUGCGCAACCCAGUCUUUCAUUUACAGUGCCAAGAAGACCCCUCCAGUUUUCGUGCUCCGUAACCCUCAGAGCGAACCAAGCAAAGUUUUUCUCGUGCGUUCCCUUGAGGUAUUGUGAGGUCGCACGCAACUGCACGUGUAGUGUUUCACCAUGAAGCUGCAAGCCUUGCUUCGACGAAUUUUUUCUAAAGUGCGUUGACUCCGUCAUCAAAGUUCAUACUGAGGGUGAAUCCUAAUGGCUAAGUUGCGGCAUUCCAUGCUCCGAGUUGGAUCACUCCUUUUCUAUUGGUUCCCCGAGAGUGGAUUCUUGUCUCAGUCUAUCCAGAUCAGAUCAACGCACCGCACAGUAAAUCGGUCUCAUGCUCCACCGCUGAGGCAAAGAUUAAAUUGGAAGUUCUAGAAUCUAUUAAAGGGACACUAAAGGGAAAUAAGAAAUUUGUGUCAGAGUGAAAGGUCAAUGGCUGAGAACAUCUGAAACGCCAAUAUUAUACUUGACAGCGCUUUAGCAGUCGAGCCAUUAAGAUAAAUGUAGAACACGAUUUGCGCCACCAGUAGGACAUUCUGGAACACAAGCCCGAUGACGUUGUAUGGCCUCGGUACAUUUAAUCACAAGUACUCGAACUACCGAUGACAGAAAAAGAACAUUUCAGUGCAUUACAAGAUGGAGUAAAAUGCAACUGGUGCAUUUCAGUCUGAUUCAUGCAAAACAGAACUUCUUAACAAUACCCGUUUCAUUUUCGCUGGGCUGUGCUCUGCUAAAGACCCUUGCUUCGUAGCGCUGACUGUCGGGCAAUAAAGGGCAGGCAUGGCUACGUUAGAAGGCCGUUCUCGUACGCGGGCCCCCUGAAUCGCGCUGUGUGUGUAUCACUAAAAUUGACUGCCUUUCAAACUAAGGAUUUCUCUGGCAUGAAACAAGCAGUAUGAGAUUUAUGGAACAGUAUUUCAACAAUCCACGUCGACUUAUUAUUUACCCUACCUUUUAGUGUCCCUUUAAGUCACUUCUACUAACUGCUUACCGAGACUUAUACUCAAUUUCAGUGCACAAGCAUUAUAUUUUGCUAUGGGGAAACUUCUUGAAGCCUCGUCAUUGUUAUUAGGCAGUACAUUGAGCGACACCAAUGCAAGAAAGAGGACAGGGCUGGUGCUUGACUGAUGGAAGGUAAAAAAUAAAUAAACAAACAUUACUAGAAAAAAAAAGAGGGUUAUUGCCACGCAAAAUAGCAUGUCAGCAUUCGUGGUGAGACACUCCAUGCAACAAAGUGAUAGAAACAUGGGCUUUCAGAGCAACAUAAAAAAAAAAAAAAAGCUGCCUGCCAGUGUAGCAGCGUAGUCGACAGGUAGUGUGGUCGAGCUAGAGCGCGGCGAUACUUAGAGACGUCUUUCAAGUUGUGCUUACACCACUCGGAGGCGAGAGCUUGCUCUUGAGGUGAACCCAACUUGUUUUGCGGUGUUGGACCGUUUGGUCUGGUGGUUUCAUUUAGAGAGACUGCGUGUGCUGCGACCCCACUGAUGGUGCUUUGCAGGUGUGUUUCCUGCAUUUCAAUACGAUCUCUUGUCAGUCUGAGCCACUGUGACCGUAACGUUGUGUUGCCGGCAAUGCCAUUUGCCAACAUUUACGUCUCUUGGAGGUGCUCAACCUCCCAGAAUGAACUUUCCUAGCUGACGAACUCUUCUGUACAAUCCAAUGAGCAUACACAAACAAAGGAAAUAUGUGGACCUGCUGUUGUUUUCAGAACGUUCGAAACACGUGCCAUUCUUCCCUGAAGGACAAUUUUGCUCUUUUCAACAACAAGUAUCUCACCUCAAGAACAAUCCCGAGCUUCUAAAAGAAAGUGAAAUUUCAAAGAAAAAAAAACAUUCAACUGAGGUAUCUUGCAGUGCUUGGUGGUGCAUCUCGAUAGACGGGUGUUAUUCCACGAGCCGGAUAUAGAAAACCUUCGGAAUGUCUGUGUCUCGCUUCUUUUCUUGUUUGAAUUGUACAAACAAAAUGUCUAAAUAAAUUUAAAAAAAAUGGAUCGCAUACAUUCUUUUGUUUUGAAA